AAAAACUAGAAAGAGGAAUAAAUAUAGUGAGAAGCUCAUUCUUCGUCACCGCAGUUAAUAUAAUAGUAUAAUAUAGUUAAUAGAGUGAAUAUACUUAAUGUAAUAUAUAUAGUAUAAAAAUUAAUAUAAUAGAACAAAUUAAAUUUAUUCAUUCAAUUAUAUGAAAAAUAAAAAAAUAAAAGAAUAAUAAAAUUUAUAGGAGUAAACUGUGGCACGUUCACUAAAAAAAAAUCCCUUUGUAGCUCAUAAAUUAUUAAAAAAAAUUGAGAAACUUAACACAAAGGGAGAAAAAGAAAUAAUAAUAACUUGGUCCCGGGGAUCUACUAUUAUUCCAAUAAUGAUUGGUCAUACUAUUGCCAUUCAUAAUGGGAAAGAGCAUCUCCCUAUUUAUAUAAUGGAUGAUAUGGUCGGACACAAAUUGGGAGAAUUUGCAACUACUUUAAAUUUUCGAGGACAUGCAAAAAAUGAUAAGAAAUCUCAUCGGUAAUGUGAAUACUAAAAAAUAUUUUGAUGCUUAUAAGUCAUUAGUAGGAGGCAAAUUUUAUGUAGAUGCUAAAUAAAAAAACCCCCAGAAGUAUACGUUUUAGGUCGACGUAUAGCUAUGUCGGCUAAUAAAGCACGAAGAGUUAUUGAUGACCAAAUUCGUGGGCGUUCCUAUGAGGAAACACUUAUUAUAUUAGAACUCAUGCCCUAUCGUGCCAGUUAUCAAAUUUUAAAAUUGGUUUAUUCAGCCGCAUCAAAUGCUAGUUACACUAUGGCUUCAAAUAAAGCAAAUUUAGUUAUUAGUCAAGCUGAAGUUAAUGAGGGGACUGCUGGAAAGAAAUUAAAACCUCGGGCUCGCGGGCGUAGUUAUCCAAUAAAAAGACCGACCUGCCAUAUCACUAUUGUACUAAAAGAUAUUUCAUUCAAUGAUUCUGAAUCCGUGGAGCUCGGUUUGCUAAAAAAACCACAAGCGAAAAAAAAUUCUAGAACUAAAGCAUAUUCUGAUAUCCAGAAAAGGAGGUAUUUAUGGGACAAAAAAUAAAUCCACUUGGUUUCAGACUUGGUACAAACCAGGCCCAUUAUUCACUUUGGUUUUCGCAACCAAAAAC